UAUGACGUUUAUCUACUUCCCCUUCAGGGCACCAGAAGAUUCAGGACACGCUUAGCCAGGGGAGGGAGAGACAAUGAGCUUCAAACAGCACUGUGUCAAACUAAACGAUGGCCACUUCAUUCCUGCCCUGGGCUUUGGCACCUAUAAACCCAAGGAGGUUCCCAAGAGUAAGUCACUGGAGGCUGCACACCUGGCUAUAGAUGCUGGGUACCGCCAUAUUGAUACUGCUUAUGCAUACCAAAUAGAAGAGGAGAUAGGACAAGCCAUUCAAAGCAAGAUUAAAGCUGGGGUUAUAAAGAGAGAGGACAUGUUCAUCACUACAAAGCUUUGGUGUACUUGCUUUCGGCCAGAGCUGGUCAAGCCUGCUUUGGAAAAAUCACUGAAAAAUCUUCAACUGGAUUAUGCCGAUCUUUACAUUAUGCAUUACCCAGUGCCUAUGAAGUCAGGGGAUAAUGAUUUUCCAGUAGAUGAAAACGGGAAAAGUCUAUUGGACACUGUGGAUUUCUGUGACACAUGGGAGAUGUUGGAGAAGUGUAAGGAUGCAGGGUUGGUCAAGUCCAUUGGGGUGUCCAACUUUAACCACAAGCAGCUGGAGCGACUCCUAAACAAGCCAGGACUGAAGUACAAACCUGUCUGCAACCAGGUUGAAUGUCAUCUUUAUUUGAACCAGAGUAAGCUACUGGACUACUGCAAGUCAAAAGACAUUGUUCUCGUUGCUUAUGGUGCUCUGGGAACCCAGCGAUAUAAAGAAUGGGUGGACCAGAACUCCCCAGUUCUCUUGAAUGAUCCAGUUCUUUGUGAUGUGGCUAAAAAGAACAAACGAAGCCCUGCCCUGAUUGCCCUUCGAUACCUGGUUCAGCGUGGGGUGGUGCCCCUCGCCCAGAGUUUCAAAGAAAAUGAGAUGAGAGAGAAUUUGCAGGUUUUUGAAUUUCAGUUGUCUCCUGAGGACAUGAAAACACUAGAUGGCCUGAACAAAAAUUUUCGAUAUCUCUCAGCAGAGUUUCUUGCUGGUCACCCAGAAUAUCCAUUUUCAGAGGAAUAUUAACAUGGGGAACUAAUUAUGAUUUCUGCCUGCCAUCUCUAUGUGUGGACAGUGAUGCUGAUGAUGUAACCUAGAUGCUGCUGGAUGGACACAUCAUUUUGGAUCAAUCUGGAUGGCUCAGCAACUCACAUUCAGCUGAAGCUCCAGCUAAUGGAUGCAAAGAAAAGGAAAAUUAUUUGAUGAUGCUCUGAAAUAUAAAAUUUUGUCUUCAAAAAUA